UAUGACUUCCUCUCCAGCAAAAGCUAAAUUUGAAGAGACUAUGCGAAAGAGUCUGCUAGUUUGACGCGUCGUUUUGUUGAAGGAUGUGGUAAAAAGGUAUUUUGCAGUUCAUUUGAAGCAGCGUUGUGAAAUGUAACCAUGGAAACUGACAGGUCGUCCUGGUUAGCAGCCCUGCACAGGCUUUAGUAGUGAGGGCGAUGCUGAGGGUUAGCUGAAGCUUAUGAUACUAAUUUGCUUGUCCACGGUGGAAGGUUAUACUGUUAUUGUCGAAAGUAUAGCAGCUGUAUCUAAUCGCUUUUCGUGAUGGAAGAAGUCGAUAGGAUUUUAAUUCACUCUCUGAGACAAACUGGCACAAACAUUGAUGAGGAUGUGCAGAGUGUAAAGCAGUUCACCAGUGAGCUGAUCGUGGAGGCGGUGGUGAGAUGCCUGCGUGUGAUCGAUCCUGUGUUGGGCAAUGGACUGUCUCAUUCACUACCACCUGGCAUGUCUGCCCGCUUCAGACUGGGCACGAGCCUGGCACAGGCCUGUCAGGAUGUGGGCUUUAAAGGGGAGAUUGGAUACCAGACAUUUCUCUACAGCAAUGAACCAGAGAUUCGCUCUCUGUUCAUAUUUCUGGUUGAGAAGCUGCCCCGAGAGAGUGCAGAGGCCUCUGACCAGCCUGCAGGGAAGUCUGCACUGUUGCAGAAAGUAAUUGCUGCUCAAAUUAAAGCUCAGUUGUCAGUGCCUUGGCUCCCUCCAUCCUGUAGACUCUCCCUUCACCAUAAAACACAGAGUACUGGCCCAUCUCACAUUUUCCAUGCCCAGCCUCUGAGCCUCCCAUACUCCGUAAAGGUAUCUUCCAUGAAACAGCCAAAAGAGGUGCAAGAGUACUGGAGGAAUUAUUUGCUGCCUGUGACUGCUCAGCCUUCCCAGCAUGCCUCCGUGCCAGCGUCCCUGCUGGAGAACCACAUCUCUGAACUUAGUGCCGCACAGGAGUGGGAGAGUGAAUGGAACAGCCAAGGCCUCCUGUCGAGACUUAAACCUGAGGAGUACCGGUCGAGGAAAAAGGCUCGACUGCAGAAGCGGAUCGAGGAGCAGCUGAGAGCGGCGGCUCUGCCGCGACCCGACACGCAUGCAGCCACACGCUUGACCUCUGACCUAGCUGAGCUGCUGAUGUCAUUCAGUGGUGCUUCCACUGGAGGAGAUGUGCUGACUAAAGGCACACGCUUUACCCAUACAGAGAAAUUCACCUUUACACAGGAACCUGAGAAAGCAGCCCAGCAGAUGGCAGCAGCAGCAAGUGCACUUCCCAGCUCUCACCAAUCAGAGGAGGACCUAAAAGCCCUGCAGGAAGCUGAACUUUCUACUCUGCAGCAACAGUUGCAGCAACUGUCAAUCCAAAUGGAAGAAGUUGGUGGAGACAUCAGAGAGAUCACUGUGUCGAUCCAGCAAGUGUCAGAUGAGCUAAAACACAGUGAGGUGAGUAAUGCAGAGAAGGAGAACUCGGUCAAAAUGAAGAGACAGACGAUUGACCUUUUACCUGACGCUGAAAACAAUCUGCUCAAGUUACAGAGUCUGGUAGAGGCCAGCUCUAAGCGAGUUGUUCAUUUGGCCUCUCAGUGGGAGAAGCACAGAGUUCCGUUGAUUGAUGAGCAGCGCAGACUGAAAGAACUGUGCAGCAACAGAGAGUUUGAGUCCUCCAGAAAGCUGUCAGAGAUCAAAGACCUACAUGACAAAAUCAGACAGUCUGCUGAGGAGGCCAAAAAGAAGGAAAGUCUCUACAAGCAGCUGCUAGCAGAGUAUGAAACACUGUCUAAAGAUGUGGGUCGCUCAGCCUACACUAUGAGGAUCUUGGAGAUUGUAGGAAACAUAAAGAAACAGAAGGAGGAAAUCACUAAGAUUUUGUCUGACACAAAGGAGUUGCAGAAAGAGAUCAAUGGCCUGACUGGAAAACUGGACAGAACAUUUGCUGUCACAGAUGAGCUGGUGUUUAAGGAUGCAAAGAAAGAUGAAUCUGUCCGCAAGUCUUACAAGUACUUGGCUGCCUUACAUGAGAAUUGCACUCAGCUGAUUCAGACCAUUGAGGACACAGGAACCAUCAUGAGAGAAAUCCGUGAUCUUGAAGAGCAGAUAGAUACUGAGAAUGGAAAAAGGACAGUUAAUAAUCUAGAGAAGAUCCUGGAAGACUAUAAGGCUAUUCGUCAGGAGAACUCUGUCCUCGCUGCAAAGAUCCGGGAAGGCUGAUUCGUUGCUCCGUCCACAAUUCCUCGUACUGCAGAGUAAAAACCUGGCCUGUUGAAACGAGUGCUGCUGUGAGAGACCUCAGUCUUGCUACCGUCUGCAUCAGCCCUCCAUUAGUUUAUAAAAAAUAAUCCUCAUCACAUCAGUUACUUUAAGCUUUUACUGAGGGUUUGAACACGACUGUUUUUUGCAUCAAAAUGACGCAAAUUUGAAGAAUUGUUAAAAGCUAAUUCUGAUCAUCCUGAUGAGAUUCAUUUUUUAAAACAAAAGCUUUGAGAGGAACUUUUACCAAUGCAUUGUCUUGUUUAGACAACAUCUUUGUAGUACAGUGAUAACCAUAUAAUAUAUAUGAAAGUGUCCAUUAAGAACAACUUCUGAUUGUUUUUAAGUGUGAGAGUUCAUCUGCUCAUGAAAAUGAUAAAAUAUUCAGGUUUGAUUGAGUUUGGAGAAUAUUGGGCUGAUAACAUGCGAUAAGUUUAAUUUUGGGUUGAAACACUCAAAGCAGCUUGCUUGUUUCAUAUUAAAGCAUACAUUUGAUAAUGCAUCUGUUUGUUUAGACCUGAUGGAUCCAUAAAUUUGUUUAAAAUCUC